GCAGUUUGGCAGAAAUAAUAUAAGAUGUCACUCUAGUCCUUCCUCGCUCAACAUCAAUCCUCACCUUCAACAACCUCACAACAAGCAUCAGUCAAACCGUAUCAAGCACAAUGGCUCCUCCUUCUCUCGACACCGCCGCUCCGGCUUACACUUUCAACGACCUCAAGAACAAAGUUCAACAAAGCCUUGACAUCGAUGCUACCCCCAAGGCCACGCCUUACACCUACGGAGGAUCCCUUGACUCCUUUAACUCCUUUGACAUUACCCCCAUCAUUGGUCGCGAGUUCCCGGAUGUCGACCUCCGUGCUGUCCUCAACGCUCCGAACCGUGAAGACUUGAUCCAUGACUUGGCUGUCACCAUCUCUGAUCGUGGCGUCGUUUUCUUCCGCAACCAAUCCCUCACCACGGAUGAACAGAAGCAGCUCGGUCUCCUCCUCGGUGAAUUGACCGGAAAGCCUGCCACCUCCGGCCUUCACAUUCACCCCGUCAUCAACUCUGGACGUGAUAUCGGUAUCAAUGAGGAUUCCGGCGAAGUCACUCGCAAGGACGACGAGAUCUCCGUCAUCUCUUCUGAUCUCAACCGCAAGCUCUACAGCGACUAUGGUUCCCAGUUCGCAGACCGCCUCAACAACAGGGUCCGUGACAACUUUGCCUCCACUGGAUGGCACAGCGACAUCACAUUCGAGCCCGUCCCCGCGAACUACACCAUCCUCAAGAUCCACACGCUUCCCCCCACCGGUGGUGAUACGCUUUGGGCCUCCGGCUACGAGUUGUACGACCGUAUCUCUCCCAAAUUGAGGCAGUUCCUCGACACUGCCACCGGUACCUUCGCUCAACCCAACUUCAACGCCGCCGCCGACAAGCACGCUUUCAAGCUCUACUCUGCUCCUCGCGGUGCUCCCGAGAACGUCGGCGAGGACUUGACCGCCAUCCACCCCAUCGUCCGCACCAACCCCGUCACCGGCUGGAAAUCCAUCUUCGCACUCGGCUCCCACUUCUCCCAUAUCAACGGGUUGACCAAAUACGAGAGUGACUGGUUCAAGGAUUACUUUCACCGUUUGGUGACGGAUAACCACGAUUUGCAGGUUCGUUUCAAGUGGAAUAAGAAUGAUGUUGCUAUUUGGGAUAACCGUUCUGUUUACCACACUGCGACCUACGAUUAUGGCGGGAAGCGUCAGGGUAACCGUGUUGUUGCUCUCGGUGAGAGACCGUACUUUGACCCUGCUAGCAAGAGUAGGCGUGAGGCUCUUGGUGAGGUUGAUGCCGAGGCUUAGUCUAAUGGGUAUGUACGAGGAGAGCAGAGCAGGAGUGAUAUGAUAGUGAGGUUAUAGGUAGUGUAACAUAUCUUUGAUACCAUGAUGACUCCGUCUAAACGCCUCUGCUCCUAAUCCAGGCCAAAACAAAGCCUAGCUCACGUCAGG